UUGCUCCCUGAGCUCACGUUCAUUUUUUUAUAUGAAAAGUUAUGACCGGAAGCACCAUGUUUUAUGUUGAAAGCUGACGCCGGAACUUAGCUUAUUGAUUCCGACUGACUUGACAGUGUGGUUCUCAUUCGGCUUUAGUCUGAACUUCAUGUGCCAAACUCCAUACCGACGAGUCUUCACAGACCAUGUGACAGUUUGCUCGGCGGACAACACGAGAAAAAGAAAUGCUCGGCGGUUUCAAAGUUAACCCGAGUUUCAGAGAAACGGUCACCAAAAGUCGUCGGUUUCUCUCCCGCUGAGCUCGAGUCUAGCUAACGUUAAGACCGACCAAGAAACAACUUCUGCCCGAGCGGCAGCCACUGUUGGGGUGGGGAGACGACGACGGAGCUCCGCGGUCAAAGAAGCGUUAAAAACAGCGGGUUUAACGUUUAAUAGAUUAGUAGUUUAGUUAUUUAUUUUACCACAAUGCUCAAGCUUUGCCUACAGACAGCUCUUCGGUCGGCUGUACAUAAGUUACCAUCAGGACUGAGCCAGUCACCACCGGGGAGGCUGCCGGGGACUGGGCGACACACACCGAGCUGCUGGAUGGGAACACACGGGAGAAACGAGCCGAGGGAGCCGCUUAACUCCCCGAAGAGAGCCAAAGACUUUAUCUACCGCCUCCAGUCGGCGGAGAGGACGUGUUUACUAAAGGAGCUGCAGAGUUUCGAGUCCAUAGCCAUCGCUCAAGAGAAGCUGGAGCCGUUGCCACCGACAGCAGCCCAGAUCAGAUAUGUUUUGUUUCACAACGCCAUCCCCUUUAUUGGAUUUGGUUUCCUUGAUAACGCCAUCAUGAUCGCAGCAGGAACACAGAUUGAACUUUCUAUCGGAGUCACCUUGGGGAUCUCCACCAUGGCUGCUGCAGCGCUGGGGAACCUAGUUUCAGAUUUGGCAGGUCUUGGUCUUGCAGGUUAUGUGGAGGCUCUGGCUUCCAAACUGGGGAUGCAGGGUCCAGAUCUGACGCCCAAACAGGUGGACAUGUGGCAGACCAGGCUCAGCUCUCACAUGGGUAAAGCCAUCGGAGUGUCCAUCGGCUGUAUUUUGGGGAUGUUCCCGCUGCUUUUCCUGAGUGACGAUGACGAGAAGGAGAAAGAAGCACAACCCUGCAGCGACACAGCAUCACACUCUUCUUAACAAGUCACUACAGCCACACCACACCGUCAUACCUACAGACUGGAUACUGCUGAUGUCAACUAAAAAAAGAAAAAGUAUUUACAGGGCUGGAUGUUUCUCUGUCCUCCUGCUCAGGCGGCGUUCACACUUCCUCACUCUCCAAACCCUCUCUGAAUCUGUUUGUGUUAGCUCCAUCACAACUUCAGCUCUGUGGAGUUUCUUGUGAUGCACCGAGCUGUGUUGUUUUCACACUGUUUGCUACAUGACAUGCCAUCUGUUAACUCAAUAUGUCAGUUUAGUGGGGUCUCACUCAUUCAGAUUUAGCCAUUUUAGAUGCUGAUGAGGGAUCCUAUCAGUUUGGAUUCUAUUGUUUAGUCUUCUUAUUAAUCCUGUAGUUUCUGGAGUCAGUUAUAGACCUGUUUGAUAGAUUUUUGGUUAUUUAAAGUGAGACUAUGUAACUUUGCUGAACAGCAACUGAUCUAGCAACAGAUACAAUCCCAAGAUUCUCUUGAGUCAGCUGCUUUAAAGACAUCAUUAUUAGACUACAUGUGUACUGGUCAGACGUGUUCACUUUCUGUUAUGUUUGUCUGUGACGUCUUGAUAAGCAUAAGCCCUUUUUACACAGAGAUUGCAUAACAGAGCUGCUACAAAGUCCCAUCUUCAUGCUGCCUUUGCAUUUUACACAGAACCAAAUGAUGGUGACAUCAUUCCACUCCAGUGUGUGAUUUUAGAUAGCAUGCCAGUGUCACAGAAACAAAAGAAGUGUGACGUGACACAACAGCAUCGACUUCUAGUGUAACAUACAACAUACACAUUUGUGGCACUUUAUAAACACUUUCAAUGGCAUUACAUGGCAGUAACAGUGAUUUACUGUCCCUGUUAUAUGGUGGCAGAUCUCGUCCUCUUCUCUGAGGUUAACAAGCUCCCCCACCUCAUUGUUUUCCAAAUUUGCAUUUACUUUCAGCCCGCUGUUCUUCUUCUUUGGGUAAGCUGCUAACUGCUAUCAGCUACUUUUUAAAUUUCCCAUGGUGGGUCACACGCAUAACAUGUCGUCAAAACAUCACACCCUUGCCGUCCAUUGUCCUGGUCUGCUGGCUGUCCUGUUUAAGGCUCAUUUAAGCUUUGGCACGCAGCAAUUGUCGUGUCGCUUGACAGAAAUUACGUAUUUUCAACAGCAAAUGGACAUGAACAGUGGACAAUUUUCUUAUUUCAUGGACAUCAUCAUAUUUUGAUGUGCAGUGUGAUUGAUAGUGUUACUUCUCCCGCCACGGAGACAGUAGUGGAUGGAGAAUUCUUUUCACUGUUUUCAUUAUAUUAUUAUUAUAUAUUACAGAUUCAUUGUCACACAAAUGAUAGAUUACUCUUGCUCCAAAAAGCUGCAUUGUUUUUGCCCAAAUCUGUACGGGAAGAGCAUAAAGUAGAUGUGUCUGUAAAGGGAAGAUUCAUGGGGAUCUAUAUAGAAUCCCUUUUGUAUACGGAUAUCAAAAAUUGAGACAUAAAUGAACCUCUGUGAAAAUGACCAUACCAGUUUUCCCCAGCCAAAUUUAGUCUAAUUUGGAGCAUCGUUUAACACCCCUCCUGGCAAACUAGCGUGACCUGUUUACCCGCUAUGGCCUCUGAAAGCCAGCACUGUCGGUGGAGUGGAAAAGGUUAACAGAAAACUUGACUGUCUUGUCUUUUUUUUUUAAGUUAAUUGAAGAAACAGCACAUGAACUGUAUUUGGUGGUUAUUUUUCUUCAGCAGACACUCAUCUCCACAACACUAUUUGUUUCUCAUUACUUAAAACUGAGCAGACUUUUCAGUGAUGAAUAUACAGUCACUGCACUUCUUGGCAGUCAGGGUCUCGUCCAUCUUUUACCAAAAAACCCAAACAAUGUAAAAGGAACAGAGUCCACUGCUACCUCGAUGGGAAUGUUUUGCAUGAAGAACUGCUGAGACUUUAAAUUUCCUUGUCGGAUUGUUUUGAAAAUGCUGGAAAGUCUUCACAUGUUUUGUGCGGGUUGGAGCAGGCGCUCGGUGGCAACACACUCUACUUGGAAACUGAAGUUGCUAUUUUCAGUUUUGGGCUUUACACUACUGUUUGCUUUCCAACUUCUUUUCUGUAUCUGUGUUUUUCUGUCUGCACCAUCUUUUCCUCUUCUCCUCUCCUGACUUGGAUCCAGCCAUCUGUGUGAUUCGUUUUUUAGGUUACGCUUCAUCAGACUUGAGGCUCCAGAUGGUCGGGCUUCACCACAUAUGACCGUGCAGUCCAAAACAGUCCAUACCAGGACAAGUCUAUUUAGUAGUUUUCAGUGAUUUCUGUGACUCAAACCUCUUUCUUAAUCUUUCUCUCCCUCUCACACACUCCAGCUCUCAGCACACAUCCAAGAUGCUUCUUGUAGUCAAAUGAAUCCAGUUGAUCCUUUUCUCCUCUUCACUGCCACCGGCUGCAUCUAAAAUCACACUCUAUUGGGGGGGUAGGGGAUCGAUUCAGCAUAGUAUCACAAUAUUUUGUGUAGCAAUAUUGUAUCAAUACAUGGACGCCAAAUAUUGAUUUUUUUUAAUUAUAUAAAUGAUUAAUGUUGCAAAUACAAAUAACUUUGUUAGCCUACUAAAAAAAUAGAAUUGAUUGUUUUUUAGUCCACUAGAUUCAAUUGGCGGCAGUAAAAGUGACUGAAGUGACAACUUUAUCUUUAAAAUGUAUCUUAUCAGAUAAAACAGACGUUGACAAAUUUUACCGUUAUAACUUACAUAAUUUACAGUUGAAAAAAGGAAAUAAAACGCAUGAUAUCACAAUAUAUCAUGGCAAUGCUUAGCAUUGCAAAACAUGUAAAAUUGCAAUAUUGUUGUAUUGUGACCAAAGUAUGGUGAUAAUAUCAUACAGUGGUUCCCACCCCUAGUCCUUAUUCACAAAAACUUUGAGUGUCUGGAUUUUAAGGCUGCAACUUAAGGCCUUUGCACUCUGAGUCUGUUUUUUUUUUUUUUGGUGUGUGUGUGUGUUUUUUUGUAAUACAUCAGCGGAAAAAAAAUUGCUACGCACAGAAAACUUGCACACUGACUCUGAUGAGUUUAAUUGUUUUGCGGAAAUUCACAAUAUGUGACGAAAUUAAAAGACACAUUUUCUUUU